UACAAACCCAGAUGGAUGAAUUACAGUCACUUGUAUAACCCAGAUCAAAAUUGUGAAACACGUGAACAAAGAAGGUGUAUUUUAACCGUUUUGCCAGUUUGAGCAGAAAAGUUGGAACAGGUGUAUGUUUCAGUUUCUCAUAAAUACCUUCAAGUUUAUUACUUCUUAAUUGUUAUUGAAGAGGAUGGAGUAAACGCUGAAAUGAGGGAACAAUGAGCUGGAGGUUAUUGGUCCAAACUCUUCGGAAAAGGUGUAGCAACCAGUUUAUGAAAUUGAAUGAAAACAAGCCUGUAAGGAAAACCAACAAAUUAUUAAAGAGUACCGAGAUGGAACCUGCAAAAAAGAAACAGAAAUUUAUACCAGAAGAGUGUGAAUUAAUGAUCGAAAUAAAUAAGAAAGGGGAAUGCAGGUUUGAUAUCAUAUCGAAGGUAGAAUCUGUCUGUGACGAUAAGAUAUUGAACUUCCCAACUACUAAAGAAAAAGUGCCAAGGCUGUCAGAAAGUACUGAUAUAGAUAAUGCCAAACCUGCUGAUGAAGUGGAUUCUGCAGAAGAUAUUUGUGAUAUUGGCGAUAUAGGAACUCAGUUACCUCCGACCUCCAAGUAUGUGGCCCUCGAUUGUGAAUUUGUUGGCGUAUUAGGUGAUAUUAGUGCAUUAGGGCGGUGUAGUAUUGUAAGUUAUGACGGAGAUGUUAUCUGUGAUAUAUAUGCACAGCCUCUAGAGAAAAUCACCACAUACCGAACAAAAUGGAGUGGUAUCACGAAAACACACAUGAAGCGAGCAAUACCUUUAGAAAGUGCAUUGUCACAGAUUUCUGAUAUAAUUCAGGACAAGAUUGUUGUGGGUCAUGGUAUACACAAUGAUUUCCGAGUUCUCGGCUUUGGUCAUCCUGAACAUAUGAUCAGAGACACUCAGAAAUGUAAAUUUCUCCGUGAUAAAAUGGAGCUUGAUUGUGACAGUAAUCAGUGCCUGUCUUUGAAAAAUAUGGCUCUUAAAUUGUUAGGUAAAACCAUUCAGACUGGAGCUCAUUGUUCUGUGAUAGAUGCUACAGUUACCAUGGAGUUAUUUAAACUUGUUCGGGAGGAAUGGGAGACCAGUCUGUUGAAAAAAGGCAGAACAUCAAGCUUUCCAGAUGACCUUGAUCAGUCAUUUAAUCACACUGAUGAAACGGUGGGUACCAAAAAGGAAAAUAAUGGACUGGUUUACAAAGAAAGUAAACAUUCAAAUAAUGUGGAUCAUAUUGUGUCUUUGACUGGUAUACAAAAUGGUAGAAUAAGAAAGAAGAGAAAUAGGAAUAAGAAAAAGACUGGAUUUAGAACUCAUUUUGGACAAAUAAUUGCUGGUAAUAAAAAUCUUACAGAUUAUUUCAAAGAAGAUGUUACUGUUUUGAAAAAGGGAAAGACCAAAUUCUCAGAAUUCUUAAAAAACAAAUUUUGUGAAGGGAAGACCUCAGAAGCAGGUUAUGCAGACAGUAAUGGAGUUCUAGCAUCAGCCUCAGACAUGUCCAUCGAAAUAUGUAAUCCUAUGUCACUGAGAGAUGGUACAACAUAUCAAACAGCCAGUAGGAACAGAAAAAUGUCGUGGAAGGAGUCUAGAAACAGAAAAUUAAAAUUGAAAACAUCGUCAGAAAAAUUAACUUUGAAGUCUAGUUAUGCGGAGAAUAUCAAACAGUUGUUCCAUGAUGAUUUUUGGAAUGAUGGGCAUGUGUUUGAAGAUACAGAUAACAGUGUCGGUGCUGUAUCUGUCGAGAAAUAAUAUUUAUUUAAAUUUCAUUGCAAGAUUUUAAUAUCUAAUACCGUAUUUUAUUUGACAUUUGACACAGAACAAGGCUGCUAUAACUAUACUGGGUUAUGAAUUUACAAGUGAACUGAUCACAAAUUGACAAGUUGACACCAGGUUGAAGCUGAGUAACAAACUGCAGUAAACCCUCUUGAAGGGAGUAUUGUGUUGGGGUAACAUUAAUCAGUUGAAACUUGGGCUAUGGAAAUCUUGUAUCAAGGUCGCAAUUGCAUACACACAUGGUGAUCAAAUACUGUCAUGUGUAAUUGAUUAUUAAUUAAUUACAUGGGACAAAUUCAUUCAAAUUGAUUAUUACAAAACCAAUUAUAUAAUACAUACCACUAUACAAAUUCAGUAACAAAAUGAAAAAAAAAAUGAUGUUCCAGCACUUGGGAGGCACUAGAAAAUUUGCUUUAAAGGGAAAAUGUAUGUUUGUAAAUGAAAUUGUGUUGAGUAACUUUAUUUAAAACUAAUCUUAUAGAUGUUUACAGUCAACAUUUUUACUUUCUACUUCAUGGUUUCAGUAUUGUAAAACAAGCUUACGGUGGGAUAUGCAUAUCAUCGGACUAUUACUUCAUGAAAGUAAACUUUAAUUAAUCGUUACACCUUUGAAGGUGUUUGCCACUAAAUUCAGGAAAUAAAAUGGCUGAAUAUCUCAAUUUCUUGAUUUUUAUCCACCCUGUGUCCCGCCUAUAACUUUUGUUGUGCUUCAGAUUUUAGAUUAAGCUUGCAAAAAUAACUACUAUAACAAGAUGACAUAUCUUAUGCAGAAUGCAAACUCCUACCUCAAAGGUCAAGGUCACACUGCAGUCAAAUAGAUGCCCUCACCGUUGAAAAUUUAGGCGCAUACAGUUUUGCCCGUCGGUGUUUGCGCAGAAUUGUGCCCGGUGUAUGACUUGGUUGUGCUCCGUAAGAUUUUGAAAUAACUGGUAUAGAAAUUCACCAUAACAAGACAGUGUGUUAAAAUCAAAGAUUUAAAGGCAUUUUUCUUUUCUGCUAUAAAACAUUUUUAUGCAUGCAUUGAUGUUCAAAUAACUUGACAGAGACCUUCAUCAUUACAAAGCCUGUCCCGCUUAGCUCAGUAGGGAGAGUGUUGGUAUAUGGAUCGCGGGGUUGUGAGUUCAAUCCCCGUGUGGGGCGAAUGUUCUCUUUGACGAUUUGCUAAAAGACAUUUUGUCUGAAAUCAUUCGUCCUCCACCUCUUAUUCAUGUGGGGAAGUUGGCAGUUACUUGCGGAGAACAGGUUUGUACUGGUACAGAAUCCAGGAACCCUGGUUAAGUUUACUGCCCGCCGUUACUUGACUGAAAUUUUCUGUUGAAAAAUGCCAUUAAAUCCAAAACAGACUAACAAAUCUCCAUUACAAGACAACUUAUCAAAUUAAAGACACAUACCCCUACUUUAAAGGUCAAGGUUACACUUACAGGUCAAAGAUUUUACACUAUGAAUGAAUGUUAAAAUACCUUGUUAUUCACAAUAUCUAGACAGUUUGUUGUAUGCAAAACCUAACCCAUUGUUGAGAAGUCUAGUUCACCUUUAGAUGUCAAGAUUUUACACAGAUAACUUCUGAAUGAAUGGAUGAAUUUUGAUAUAACUUGGCACAAAUAUCCACCAUUACCAGUGAUUUCAAGAUUUUAUUAUUUCAGACUCAGUACGUGAUACAUUUAGAUAUGCGAUGUCAUGUGUAAGACCUAGACCUCAGACUCGAGUCAAGUUCAUACUUAGAGGUAAAACUCAGAGGUUAAAGGUUUUUCUUCAUUUUUCUUUUUGAGACUGUAACAUUAUUUGUAUAUGUUAAAGGAUAUUCAAAUAAUUUGUAUACGUUAAAGGAUAUUCAAAUAAUUUGUAUACGUUAAAGGAUAUUCAAAUAAUUUGUAUACGUUAAAGGAUAUUCAAAUAACCUUGUACAAACAUUCACCAUAAGAAGAUGAUGUGUCAAGAGCAAGACUUUGGCCCCUAGCUCAAAGGUCAAGACCACACUUCAGAGGUCGAAUUUUUUUAUCUUAUUAUUUGUCUGAGCUAUAAAUAUUAUAAGCAUAGCAGGACGUUCAAAUAGAUUGGUACAAACUUUCACCAUAACAGGACAAUGUAAUAAAUAAUUAUUUAAAUCAUGUAAAAUAAAUAUUUACAGGAAUUUUUUCCUGUCAAAAGCUCCAGUAGUAUACUUCUGUUUUCGAAGUGAAAUUACUCACAGGACUCGCAUUUUUGUGUACAAACAUCAUCUCUAACCUUGAAUCACUAGCCUCUUACCAAUGAGGGUUCAAGCCUCAUUUUGAAAAUUUAAAUGAAGAAUUUAAGCCAAAAUUUAAAGUUGUUACAUUUGUAUCACUCUGUGUAUUAAACAUUUUGUGCUCCUAAAAAACAGUGGUGUUGUGUAAAUGUCUUUCUCCAUUUUGCUUCAUUUUAUUAUCAUUUCUUUUAUUUUGAGGACUCAUUAUGUCUCCCACCACACAGUGGUGUGGGAGACAUAUUGAUUUACUCCACUCUGUGUGUCUGUCACAAAGGUUGUCCGCACUCUAAGUUGAACGUUUCUCAUCAGUUCUUCACCAAACUUGAACAAAAGGUGUUUGACCAUAAGACCUUUGCCAAGUUCGAUAACUAGCCAAAUCGGUUCAGGCAUUUUGGAGUAACGGCCCUUGAAUUACCGAAAAAUCUGCCUUUUUGCUCUUGUCCGCACUCUAAGUCGAACAUUUCUUAUCCGAUCUUCACCAAAUUUGAACAAAAUGUGUUUGACCAUAAGACCCGUCUAGGCCUUUUGGAGUUCUGGACCUUGAAUUGUAGUGAGUAUAUAAAGACUGACUUGCUAUUUAGAUGACUAGGCAGUUGUGGGAGACAUUCGCUUUUCUCAAAAGCAGCUCUAGUUGUUUACUGAUAAAGCCUGUCCUAGUUUUGAGACAUCAAGUGUGUCAAUAAGUUCUUUAUAGACUAUGAUUUCUAGAAGGUUCCAUAAACAGGGUGUGUACACAGUUUUAAAGUCUGGGUUAUUCUGGAUUUUUCCAGAAUCUUUUUAUUCUUGGUUAUACAUGAAAGUGCUGGAACUUUCCAUGAUGCUUUAAAUAGGACAUCUGUCUGAGGACAGGGCAGAACCUAAAGUAAGAUCUUGUUGAUAAACUUUCCUGUAUUUCUUAAUAACAAAAUGUUACCAUUUUGGACGUUUAACAUUUAAAAAAAAAUAUUUUAUUUUCAAAGACAGGAUUUAUAUUCUUUCAAUGAAAUUUGGAAUAAAUACUGACUGGAUUGAAAUUUGACCAAGACAGGAUUUGUACUAUUCUUUCAUAUUAUAAUUAGACUUGAUGGCUAGUUAAUAUUUUAAAGGUAUUUUGAUUAUUAUUUUUCAGAAUAAACUUUGUUAUUGUUAAUA